AUGUCUUUUCCAAGUUACAGUGCUUUCGCCGCUAGCAAUGAGUUUUCUACGAUUAUUCUUUUAAUUAUCAACCUAUAUUUUAAUUCUUUUGGUCAACCAACAAGGUCAAACAUCGCUGAACAAGAUGCUGCAAUUUAUUACGCUGCUUCGGUUUCCGACACCUUUUACGCUAAACGGGCUCUCACUCCAUUUACAGCCACUGACAGAAUUAUAUCUACUGAUUCAAAUGAUUUGGCAAGUCAUUCUGCAGAUGAUCCAUCAGAGAAUAGCUCAUAUUCAAAAGCACCUUCUCACAACAUUUGCCCUAUCACUGAUUUGCUCACCGGCUUAACUCCACUUUCCAGUCAAAUUGCUGGUACCGGAGAGUCUUUUGUGGAUGUUAAAGGCAUUGGUACUGCGAUUCAUCUGCAAGGCAGAUUAUUGGAGAAAGAACAAAAUUUUUCCAAGGCGAUCCACGACAAAACUAUCAGAACUGCAACUUUCGCUGAUGAUACAUCAAAAGAUACCUUCAAUAUUAAUGAUGAAUAUAUUGACAGCAGCUCACAUCACCAUUACAAGGAAGGUGUUGAUGACAAUGAAUUGAAUUUAAAAAGAUCUGUUGCAUUCACCGAUGAGACUAAGCAAGAUGCGCAUCCUUUCACUAGCGUUGAAUCCGCCCUACAGACAAAUAAUGGAAUUAGAAGAGUUCGUGAAGGAAUUGUCCAUGAUAUUGCAAAAGUGCUUAAAUAG